UAUUCCCAAAGCCAAAAAAAAUUCCUCUCAAUCGCUCGAAUUCCCUCCAAUUCUCCGACCUCCCCAUGGCCUCCGCCGACGAAGACGACCCCCCGCCGCCGGAUAGGCCCGGAGGGUGGCUCUCCGGCCUCGUCUCCGGCGCCGGCCGCCUCCUCGCCGCCGUGCUCGGCCCGGACUCCCCCGACUCAAGCGCCGGCUCCGCUUCCUCCUCGCAGGAGUCGUCGUCGUCGUCCCAGUCCCCGCCGCCUCCGUGCAGCACCCUCGGCGACCAUGGUAACCCUGGCCACUUUUCUUCUGAGUGUCAUCAGUUCAACCAGAGUGGAAAGGAGUUUAUUCUAAAAGACAGUGGUGAGGGAUCCUUAGGACUUAUAUCAGAGAUAUAUCCCAAGGAUGCUAUAAUGCAGCUGCUUUUGCAGGAAACUUACUCGAGAUCAGAAUGUGAUAUGCUAAUAAAGAUAAUUCAAGAGCGGGUUGUGGAUUCAGACCCUGAUAUAGUUGAACCUUCUAUCGUCCUUCCAAUUGCUUGGAAAGCCAGCCAACAGCAAGAUCCUAUUGCAUACUCUUCAUUUAGUCCAAACACUUGCUCAAAUGUUAGCCAACAGCUCGACAACAAUGUCGAACAUUUUCAGCAUGCUUUGAAAAGAAGUCAUUCUGGCAGUGGGCAUAAUACCCUUGACGAGUCUCACUCCCGAAGUGUCAGACCGAAGCUAAAUGAUUUGAACAUUUCAAAUAAGCAGGAUGGUGUGCUUAAGAAUUGUUCAGAUAUAGCUUCAUUUGAGGAGGCAACCACCAAGGAACCUAAUGCAUUCAGGGGAAUUCCAGAAGAUACCAAGAAGUGGUUCAAAGAUAUCCCCCUUCUUGGGACUGACAACCUAACGUUUUCCAACAUUGUUUCGUAUGAUGACACUGAUAAUCAUAUAGUGGCUUUCCAUGAUAAACUUCCUACUAUAACUUCACAGACCUUUGCUUCAACCUCCUGUGAAGCUGACCGGGACAACCAUUGUGCUACCAUGCUCUAUCCAUACUCUAAUCAGGAUCUGAUAGAUACCUUUCCUAUUAAGGUGAAACCUUUGGAUGAUAUUGUUUCUCUUGAGCCUGACAUAGUAGACCUUUCCCGCAAAAACCGCAGCACAGGCACUAUCUGCAAUGACACUUGCUCUGUCUCAAAACUUAUGUUUCAAGAGGACAAGGAGAUCGUAACCAGUUCAUCAAUAGGCUUGCCGCUUGAAAACAGUUCUAGGAAUUGCACAGGAGGAGCCAGCCUGCAAAGGAGCACUGGGAAAAAUUCACCUGCUUAUGUAUAUCGUCGCCAAAACAAUGGGAAUGUAAUUCGAUCAAAGAGUGAGCAAUUUCAUCAAGGCAAACGAAUAACGGUUGGGCGGGACCCGGACUUGGCCCCAGUCCAGGCCAAGAAACCGGUUGGAAGGCCAAGGAAGUCUCGGAGGUGAGCUUGAGGCCAUAAACUUACUGCCAGGUACUGGAGGGUCAGCAGACAAACGAAGAACGCUUGAAGAUAACAACUGUAAAAGGCUCACAACAGGUUCGAGUUAAAACCAGUAAAUUUCUAAUUGGUAGUAUCUAGGGAGAAACCGCUCGAUGCCUUUUAUCAUUUCAUUGCAAUCUUCAGUAGACCAACUAACCAAUUCUACUACCAUACUGAAUCUACCUUCAGUUCCUUAGCACUUCCUUCCUAGCUGAAACUUUUGUUUAUAUGGCCAGCCUAGCGCGGCACCAUUCACUAGAUAUAUACUGCAUGUAGAGCACGUGGAAAUUCUUGCCGUUGUGCCUUCUCUAAUCCCCCUUAGUUUCUCUUGGAAUAUUGAGUUGCAUGUACUGAUUAGUUUAACCUAAAAGCUAAAUGGUUAUAUAUGUAACUUAAUGAUAUUAGAGUAAGAGGUCUCAAGUUUAAAUCUUGGCUAAUAAAAAUUGCAGUAUACUUCUAUUCCACACUCAAGGCUUGAGGGGACCUUGUGUGAAGGAGUGUUGAAAUAUAAAGUGAAUUGUCUUUUUUUUAAUCUUUUUUAGUUUAAUCUUUUUUUUCUGUUGAACUGGUUUAUACAUGCAACUCAAUAAUUCUGAUAGGUGACCAGAAGUCAUAGUAAGUUUGAUUUAAUAAUGUGUAGUAGUCACACCGCACAGUCCUACUUCCAUUCAUCCAAGCUCCAACUCUAGAGGAGGAGCUAUGUGGGGAAUUGGGAGAAGUGGCAACGUGCACGCACUGACGCACCUGUCCUGAUCACAAAUCACGCACGCACUCCUACCACUAGGAGCAGCAGCCAACAAGUUGGAAGCAUGGGAAACAACAGUGGUAGAGUGGGUCUCUUGCUCCUCCCCACCAUGUGCCCGCUGGCAUUAGCAUUGCGUGCGUGCGUGCUUUCUUCCUUCUGGAUUUAACGGAUCACUGGCACCGCGCAUCGCAAUCGCCAUCGCGUCGCGUCGUCUCAUCGAUCGCAGCAAGCAAAGGUGGUGUUUAGAUUGAGAAAAUUUUAAGAGAAG